AUGGCGCUCGCACAUUUCGCAAACUCGAAAACAUUCGGAGCCCGUCUCACCGACCGUUACCCCGCCGCUUAUAAAGACUUCUUCGGUAUGCCCAGCGGUGCUCCCUGCAUCUACAAGUCGGGCCCUGCGUGGCCUGAACGGCAGGGUCCGCAAGCGCAGCGCUUCAUCCGCGAGGUGCGCCCUGUCUACGGCCACCCUAUCGCAGGCUCCUGGCUCAAGAUUGGUACGGACAUCUACAAGUUCCUCGACUCUUGCAGCGUCAUGUGGACCUCCAUCGACCCCGUCGCCUUCGCCAACGCCGGGGAGAAGACGCCGUUUUGUCCGCUCCUUAUGUGGAUCGGCGUGAAGCACGAGACUCUUCUCUUCGACGCUGCGGUAUCUGCCGCCGACGCCAUCAAGGGUAUCCUCAGUCUAGCCGGCUUCCCCCAGAUCGAGGUUGCUUUUCGGGAGUCGGAGGUGACCCACUCUGUUGCUGGUCCGAAGCUCCUCCCGUUCAACCCCCUCGUCGAUCCCAUCCCCGAGUUCCGCAAGCCUUUCACGCCCACACUCGGCCUCUCCAUCGCCCCGCUCAAGACGCCCCACUACGAGGGCACCGGCGCCCUCUACUUCCGCCUCAGCAAAGACGACGAGCGCGUCGUCCUUCUCACCGCUGCCCACGUCGCUCGCCCUCCUCCCGCGUACGCCAACAAGGGCAUGGCGCGCAAGCAACCCAGCCAGCCACGCGAGGAGAUCGUCGCCCUCGGCAACAUGGGCUAUCGGAAUGCUACGAAUGCCAUGAUGGCCGCCAUCGGCGACCUUGCUCGCUCCGUCACGGUGUGGAAGAAGGCGAUCACCAGGCUGGGUGAGUUCGUCAAUGGCGAGGAUGCGGCGAUCACCGAGAAGCGCGAGGAGAACCAGCGCGAGGUGGAGAAGGCGACGAAGAUUAUCGACAACUUGAACAAGCUUCACGAUGAGGUUACUAAACGCUGGAUGAACCUGAACCAGCGUAUCGUCGGCUUCGUCCUCCACGCCGAGCCCAUCGUCGUCGCCGACGGGCCCAACAAGUUUACGCGCGACUGGGCCUUUAUCCAGCUUUACAAUCAGAAGAUCGAUUGGAACACCUUCCCGGGAAACAAGGUCUACGUCGGUGGCAACCUCUCGCCCUCUGACUUUGGCAAGCUCAUGUUCCCGCAGCCCGAGGACCAGGCAGGCUACGAGUACCCGGACGAUGGGCUCCUCCAGGCCUUUGGCGUCGUGAAGGACGACGAGAUCCGCCAGCCCAAGCACCUCGACGUCCACGGCGAGAAGGCACUCCUUGUAGUGAAGAACGGCCUGACCACGGGCACCACCAUCGGUCGCGCCAAUGGGCGCGAGUCUUUCACUCGCGUCUACACCGACUACGGCAUCGAGCACACCUCCAUCGAGACCGCCAUCCUGCCCUACGACAAGCUGCGUGGCCCCUUCUCCGCCCCAGGGGAUUCCGGCGCCAUCAUCCUCGACAGGGCUGGCCGCAUCGUCGCCUUGCUCACCGGCGGUGGCGGCACAACCGACGAGACAGACGUAACCUACGGGACCCCGUACUGGUGGCUCGAGGAGCAGAUCAGGAAGGCCUAUCCCGGCUGCCACCUCUACUACUAG